UAUGAGUUGACCCAUUUACAGUACCACUUUGAUCCGAUGCUUACCGUUAUCUUUUUAAUGCUACGGAGCUUAAGCUCCUAAAUCAAAAGAUCAACCAAGAAAAAUUCGUUCAAGAGUCUCUUUGGUCGCGUGGUGGCUUGGCCUGGGGUACAUCCCUGGUGCAGAUCUGCUCUGACAGCCAAGGACAGGGGGUCCCGGACUGUCAAACCUGCAGACACAUAGCACGUUCCCUCUGGGCUUAUGCACGACAAUGGAACCUUUUUGCGACUACUGCUUUACAAUAAAAGCACAAUGAUGAUACGCCAAGCUGCAGUACGCAAUUGCGAGUCAACAGUGAGGCGAAAGAGGCGUCUACGUGUUUUAGCCAGGGGCUCAAAAGCCACAGAAUCGAUCCGAGAUGCCGGUAAGUUCAGACAAUCAAUGAGGCCGAAACACUUCGGGUGCGAUGACUGACGCCACGAUAUGGAUUCUGUGCAGAUUUAGGCUGUAGCGAAGCCAUGUCGACCUAUUUUGGUCAAUAAUCUGAAGAAAAGAGGCACAAGACCGUUGGAGGGUCUAUUUUCAACUGUUUUUUUUUUUUUGUGCAAUUGACGUAGAUGAGGCGUUUGAGAUGGGAAAACUGUUUCGACAUGACGUGUAAGCGG